GGUAGCUAAGAAACCGUAGGAAAUCAAAAAGAAAAGUAGGAAGAAAAAUUGAGUCAUAUGUUAGAUACUGGUAAUUGUUACUUGGCUAAAAGGGAGCAACCGAGCAAUGGUUGAAUGCUGAGUUUUGCUUUUGUUGUUGUGUCCUGAGUAUGAGUACUAUUAUGUGUUUGAAGAAAUGUUAUAAUGAAUGAUAUCUAUGCUGUUCUUAUUGUGAUAUUUUUGCAGUUGUGCCUAAAAAAGAAGAUGCAGCUUGAUAAUCAAUUUUAUUAUGCUUUGUACCUCAAAUCAUGCUAUGUUAUGUUCUAUCCUAAGAAGUACGGACACCUUCAUUUAGGUGUCAUACCCGUGUCAUUCCAUCAUACUGGCCAUUUUAUGUUAAAAUUUUUCAUAAAUUGCUUGUGUCACCGUGUCCAUACUUCUUAGGUUCUAUCUAUCUGUACAUGUGUGUAUUUUGCCUGAUACAGGUGCUGAUAUUGUUGUCCUAAAAACUCGACCUUUUAAGUAUGCUAUUAACUUUAGAUGUCUUGGGCACAAGCAUGGAAUGUGGAACAUUGGGUUGAAAACAAUAAGAUGCUAUUAUGAAUCUAAACCUGUUCAAUGUUUAUUUAGUGUCAUAUUUUGGAACUUAUCUUCUUCUCUUUUUUUUUUCUUUUAUUGGAGGGUAGGCAUGGUACCGCAGGGGGGCAAUGGCCUUAAUCUCAUGGAUGUCAGUGAUGAUCUCCUUGAUCUGAUGACAAAGCCGCUAGGUGCUAUAGACUAUCUCAUAUUUGGCUGUGUCUGCAAAAGAUGGAGAUCGUAUGUUGCAGAGUUUAGGCAAAAGUUUAUGGCAUCCCAACCUCCACUUGUUGUCUUAUUAUCACCGUAUGCUAGAAAAUAUUGUUACUUCUAUAGCAUCUUUGAUCAAAGUUUGUACAAGGUAACACUGCCAGAUCUUUUUGGCAAGAGAUGUUCUCGUGUCUGUUGUGGGUACUUUGUCAUGGAAGACAGGAUUGAAACUGUUAAUUCUCAUAUUUGGCUUUUGCAUCCUUUUACAGGACAUGAACUCCAUUUUCCUAGACCUUCUAAUCAAUAUUUUUUUGUCAUCCUUGCGUCUUUAGCAACUCCUUCGCAGGAGUUUGUAAUCAUAGCUAUUGGUGGACAAUUUUUACAGUACUAUAAAUCCACAGAUGUCAUGUGGACUGCCUAUGAUUAUACUGACAUAUUCAAGGGCACUCCCAUGGAUGGUAAGCGGUGGUUUCUAGGUGGAGUUGUCUUCAAGGGUAAGAUAUACUUGUUAACCAAUCAUGGUGAAAUUGGGGUAAUACGAAAACUGAAUCCCCACCCUUAUGUGACCAUGCUGGAAAUAGAAAGCAUUGGAUAUAGCAGCUUUGAAGUUAACCUACAGUUGCUUGCUAUAGAUGACAAGCUCUUGAUGAUUUGUAGAAAUGGACUACAAAUUCAAAGAGAGCAAUUUCAAGUUUUUGAGCUAAAUUUUUCGAUGAUGAAAUGGGUGAAGAUGGAGAACUUCAAUGAUCAAGCUUUGUUUCUGAGGCAUAGGAGCUCUGGAUUUAGCAACGUAACCAGAUGGAGUGGUAGCCGACAGCCUAUGAAUUGCAUAUACAAUCUUGGAAUUUCAGAUGGGAUAUGCACCUUACAUUUCCUGGAUGAUAGAGAUCCCAAGCCUUUCCCGAGUCCUCCCCCUCAACCUAUCACACGUGCUUCCUCAGGUGCUCCGUUCUGGCAUGUUGUUGCAAGGGGGCAGUGACAUGAAUCUCGAGGGGCCUAGAAGGAAGAGGAAAAGGAUGGUUGACAAUAGUAAUUAUCAACCAUCUCAUAGACUAUCUCAUGUUUGGCUGCGUCUGUAGUGGAUGGAGCCAUGGAGGUUGUAUGUUGCAGCACACAAGCAAGACUUUUUGGCAUCCCAACCUCCACUUGUCUUAUUAAAAUCAAAUGCGAAGAGAGUUUGUUACUUCUAUGGCAUGUUUGAGCAAAGAUUGUAAAAGGCAAUACUGCUGAGCCUUGUUGGCAAAAGAUGUUCUGGUGUCUCCUGCGGGGACUUUGUCAUGGAAGACGAGAAAAAAAGUGCUGAUUCGCAGAUUUGGCUUUUGAAUCCUUUUACAAGACACAAACCCCGUUUCUCUGGCCCUCCUAAUCCUUAUUUUUCUGUCAUCCUUGUGUCUUUAGCCACACCUUUGCAGGAGUUUGUAAUCAUAGCUAUCGGUGGACCAUUUUAACAGUUUUGUAAAUCCACAGAUAUCUAUUGGACUAUCUACAAAUAUAAGGGCGUAUUUAAGAGGAGUCCUAUUGAUGGUCAUCAGUGGUUUGUUGAUGGAGUUGUCUUUGAUGGUAAGAUAUGCUUGUUAAUCAAUCAUUGUGAAAUUGGGGUACUAAACCCGAAUUCUGAACCUUUUGUGAGCCUGCUGGAAGUAAAAAGCAUUGGAUAUAGGAGCCCUGGAAUGCAGUUGCUUGCUUUUGAUGACAAGCUCUUAAUGAUUCACGAAUUUUUCUCUUAGCCUACUGUAGAUCAUUCAACAUUUAAAACACAAGCUGACUUUUGAGCAAUUUAUUCAUAGUAAUGUCACUAGCGACCAAAUUCCCUUACACAGAAAAGUACAAAAGGGAAUUUUCUUUUUCUUUGUUUAAUAAAGUAAACUAUUAUUAUAUAUAUGAAUUUCAUACUCUCUCAGAAAGCCACAUAAU